ACUCCGCCGCGCACCGCGAACUUGUACCUCAGAGUGUUGCUGUUAAAUUUGACUGAACGCACGUGCCCGCGUCUUCAUACACGCUGCGCGCGGCCUUCUGCAAUUGCAAUCAACCAAAGAGACUGCCGCGGGCAAAAACAGCAAUCAAAGUCGGACUUUCAGCACCUGCGUGGGGCGCCGGAACUCGACCGAGCGCUGAGAUUUUUUUCAGAACACACAUCCGCGCCGCGCGCCCGCGCGCCCCGCCUCAGGCCGCGCUCCGAGCCCUGGAGACGACGUCCGAGCGCCCCCGGCCGCCCGAAUCCCCCUCCACACACCUGCCGCGCCGCCGCGCGCCUCGCAAACCCGCGACCCCCACAAAACACAAGCAACCCGCGCAGGCCCCCCAGAAGAAGCGCCAUGGCGACGCCCCCGCCGACCGGCUCCGCCGCGGCCCGCUCCGCCCUCGCCCAGAAGCUCUCGGGCGUGCCCCCGGACUACUUCGUGAUCAAAUUGUACCAGAUGCUCCAGGAGCAGCGGGAAGUGCUCACGUGGGACCCGGAUGGAGGCAUCAUCAUCCACGAUCGCCAGCGCCUGGAAGCGACGCUGUCUGUUUAUUUCAGACACAACCGGUUCACGUCGUUUCAGAGACAACUGAACAACUUCGGCUUCCACAAGAAGCGCAAGCCCACGGCCUGCCUGUCGGGCACGGCGGCGCAGCAACGGAAAGGCGCGGCCUACGACCACCCGCUCCUCGUCGGGCAGCAGCCCGAGGCCGUCCUCCGCCUCCGCCGCGACGCGCGCCCGCGCCAGCCGCGCGGCGAGGCCUCUCCUAGGAGAUCGACGGCGCGCCAGCGCUCGGCCCGCGCGCCGCCCGUCGGCGAGGGCGCGUUCAAUCUGCUCGCGGACGUCGCCGCGACGGAGCUGCGGAGAGAAAAUUCAAGGGGAGAGCUCGAGGCCGACGCGGAACUACUGACGAGGAACGCUAGUUCGUCGGAAGACCUCGAGGAUAGAGGCGCAUCCGCCUCGCCUCCCAGAGUCUCGGACUCGGAAGGCCGAACCUCGUCCGAGGAGAGAAGUUCCUCAGUAGCCUCCUCCGAAAACCGCAACGAACGUUCAAGUUCAAGAGACGACGACGGCUCCGGUUCUGGUAGUGACGACGGCCACCGGAGGCAGCAGCACCCGGACGCGCCCCCCGCAAUAGUGGGCGGCUCGCCGCGAAGAAGCCCUCAAAAGCCCUUCCCCGUCUUACUAAAAGACAUGCUCGACGCGACUUCUGAUCAAAUCCUGGCCUGGUCGGCCGACGGCGCGGCCUUCGAGAUCCGCGACGCCGAGGCGCUGCAAAGGGACGUGCUGCCCAAGUUCUUCCGCCACGUCCGCGCCGGCGUCCGUUCCUUCGCGCCGCCGCGGCGACGGCGUGCAGGUGGUGUAGGCUCGGCGCACGCCAUCGCCGCGCCCGCCUCGGAGACCAACGGGGGAACAACACAGGCGCGCCUCGCGUCGUUCCAGCGCCAGCUCUCGCUCUACCAGUUCCGAAGGGCCAAGGCCGCGCCCGGCGCGCCCGCGCCGCCCAUGGCCUACGCGCACCCGCGCUUUACCAGAGACGCCGACGCCGCGGCCUUGUCGAGCGUCACGCGCGCGGCGUCGCCGAAAUCGUCGCCGCCGUCGUCACCAAAAGCGGCCGCGCCGGGCUCGGCCGAGGCGCCGACGUCGCCGCGCGUGCGGCCGCGGGAAGCGAACGAAGAAAGCGCCCUGACGGCGCUCUUCGCGCUCUCCGGCGUGUCCUCGUCCGACGCGGGCGGCGGCGGCGACGCCGCUCCCGUCGAGCCGAAGCGGCAGAAGGUCGACGAGCCCGUGCGCGUCGUCGGCUGA